AUGUCUGCAGGAAAUCUCUCUGCCGCGUUAUCUUUACGCACGUCCCCUGGAGAAUGUAAGGCGGAGGGAGAUCUUGUGGAAUUUGUCCUGGCAGUGGAUCCUCAUCUCGAGUAUGGUGCGAUUUCUCGCUGUAUAUACGAAAUGGGUAGUCCAAUGUCGCUUAUCAACCACCCCAAGGGUAGAUAUGGUUUAGAAGACCUCGUCCGCAUUCUCGGUAUUCCGGUAGAUGUCCCAAAAAAGGGCCCAACUGGGUACGCUCGUUUCGCGAAGUCGAUUGGGCCGCCGUUGAACCAACUAGACAUAACAUCAUCCACAAGCUCCUAG